AUGGCCUCCCGCAAAUCGCCCGAGACCAAGGAGGAGAAGCUCGCCCUCAUCUACGAGAACCUCGCCGAGACCAUCAACCCGGAGAUCAUCGAGGGCAUCCUUGACGAGGGCCGCGCCGUCAAGGUCUACUGGGGCACGGCCACCACCGGCAAGCCCCACACGGGCUACUUUGUCCCCGCCAUCAAGAUUGCCCAGCUGCUGCACGCCGGCUGCGAGGUCACCAUUCUGCUCGCCGACAUCCACGGCUUUCUCGACAACCUCAAGGCGCCGCUGGAGCUCGUCGAGCACCGCUCCAACUACUACCAGUGGACCAUCCGCGCCAUGCUCGAGGCCGUCGGCGUCGACACGUCCCUGCUCAAGUUCGUCAAGGGCUCCUCCUACCAGAAAUCCCCCGACUACAUCAUGGACGUCUACCGCCUGUGCUCCGUCACCUCCGAACACGACGCGAAAAAGGCCGGCGCCGAGAUCGUCAAGCAGUCCACCAACGCCCCGCUGUCGGGCCUUCUGUACCCCAUCCUGCAGAUCCUUGACGAGGAGCACCUGGGCGUCGACGUCCAGUUUGGCGGCGUCGACCAGCGCAAGCUCUUCACGGCCGCCAAGGAGUGGCUGCCCAAGCUCGGCUACAAGCAGCGCGCCCACAUCAUGAACCCCAUGAUCCCCGGUCUGCACGGCGGCAAGAUGAGCUCCAGCGAGGAGGACAGCAAGAUUGACCUGCUCGACAGCCCCGAGACCAUCACCAAAAAGAUCCGCAAGGCCGAGGCCGCGCCCAAGAUCGUCGAGGGCAACGGCCUCCUGGCCUUUGUCGAGUACGUGCUGCUGCCGGCCGCCGAGCUCAAGACCGGCGCCCGCACCUUCACCGUCGAACGCACGCGCGACGCGCUCGAGCCCCUCGUGUACAGCGACGUCAAGGCCAUGCACGCCGACUACCAGAACGAUGUGCUCACGCCGCAGCUGCUGAAGCCCGCCGUGGCCGACGCCAUUGCCCAUCUGACCGCGCACAUCCGCGACUCGUUCGCCGCGUCGCCCGAGUGGCAGAACAUUUCCACCCUGGCCUACCCGCCACCCGUGAAGAAAGAGAAGAAGGUCAAGAACAAGGGCACCCACUACCCCGUACGGCCAAAGGGCGAUGAGGCCGCCAAGGAAACACCGAAAGACGAGGCACCAAAAGAGGCGUGA